UCUGUGUAAAUGUUCCACCAAGAGACUAGUUGUCAGAUAGAUAUAUACGCGAGGAGGCGAGAGAAGCUCUUUUUGGAAACCCUAGAGAUCGUGAAGCUCAAUUCCUUCUACGACUCCUUUUUUGGCAAUUAGAUCAUGUAUAGAGAGAGGGGAACGGUUGGAUCCAGGUCGGAGGUCGUCGAUCGGAAACGUGUUGUAAACGAGGUUCGCGAUAACCGAGCCUCCUCGCAUUCAUCGAUGUCUCAGCCCGUCAAUGGAAAAGGCAAGGCUGCCGUCAUGACAGGGAAGCAGCUGCACGACCUCAAUAGCAGAGAUUCACGUUCUGGUUCUCUCUCCAAGACUACCAUCUCCGACGCUGUGGAUGUAUCGGAGACAGACAGCGAGGAAUCAGAGGUGAGUGGGUCAGAGGGGGAGGAGGACACGUCGUGGAUAUCUUGGUUCUGCAACCUCCGUGGGAACGAGUUCUUCUGCGAGGUUGAUGAUGAUUACAUCCAGGAUGACUUUAACUUGUGUGGUCUCAGCCAUCAAGUUCCUUACUACGACUAUGCCCUUGAUUUGAUUCUCGAUGUUGACUCUUCUCAUAGUGAGAUGCUUACAGAAGAACAGAAUGAAUUGAUCGAGUCGGCUGCAGAGAUGCUGUAUGGAAUGAUUCAUGCUCGUUACAUUUUGACCAGCAAAGGCCUCGCUUCUAUGUUAGACAAAUACAAAAACUAUGACUUUGGAAGGUGCCCAAGAGUGUAUUGUUGUGGGCAGCCUUGUUUACCAGUUGGGCAAUCUGAUAUUCCUAGAGCAAGCACCGUUAAGAUAUAUUGCCCUAAAUGUGAAGACGUCUAUUACCCACGAUCUAAAUACCAAGGAAAUAUAGAUGGAGCAUACUUUGGGACAACGUUUCCACAUCUGUUCCUGAUGACGUACGGACAUCUGAAACCGCAAAAGGCAUCGCAAAGCUAUGUGCCAAGAGUAUUUGGGUUUAAGUUACACAAGCCGUGAAGGAACGAAGGAGCAGGUACAAGAGCAGCAUGCGUUUUGAAAAAGCAGGAGACUUGUGUACAACAAAGAAAGAAAAAGGCAUAUUUGUAUCAGGAAGCGGGAACCUAGUUUGUCUCUGUUAUUGUUUUUGUGUGCCCCUUGCUAGAUUUAGACUCUACUACAUUAGCUGCAAGUAUAAUC